UGUUCGUGCUGCUCCUCUGCAUUUCUCCGCUCUAAAUAAUGCUCCUUUUCCAGUAUAUAUACAAGACCAAAACGACUCUUGUCGUAGCACUGACAUUUCCCUGAAAGCAGCGGAAGUCCGGGGCCGUUUUCUGACUCAAAUGCUUCACCUUGUCGUUUUUACUGUCCCGUUUUUAUACGCGGCAGUAAAUGAUGCGAGCGCCGGUCCAAGGAGAUGUCUGAUCAGUGUUGCUGAAGUGAUCGCUGUCCCCUGUCGUUAAUGUGAUCUUGGCAAGCUCUGCUGUUCACUAUGACAAGUGGAUCGGCUCGGAUAGAUCACUUGCAGCAGAAAAUGCGAAUUAUGAUUUUUCUUCUGUGCUGGAUUUUUUCAAUUUUGUUGAAUGUGUAAUUACAACUAUGGCAACAAGAGUAGAAAUAAAUUCCACUUUGGCGUCUUUGACGACAGUACCUGACUUAAAAGAGAUCAGAAAUGAAGAUAAAUCACAGCGUGUGUAUGUAAGUGUGCUUUCAGAUGUAACUAGCAAGACAAAGGAGUCUUCAGCAUCACUAACACUUGAAGAGAAGAACAAAUUUGGGAGUACUUCAAGAUCGGCAACAAUGCCCUCGCUAGGAUCUAGGCCAAGACUUUUCCCAAAGCCUUUUUCUAAAGAUACAUCUUCAGAUACUUUUGCUAAUGUAAAACCACCUGUUACAGCUUUCAGAUCAAGUAGUCUUAUUAGAAAGCCCAAUGAGGAGACAACAUCUGUCAAGGUAUUAGGUGGAAAUGUUCCUCCAUUAGUGGAUCAAAAAGUAAUUGAAAAUGAAAGUAAGGCUGGGGGUGAAGUCGUCACAAACAUGACGUUCUACACUGGUCCCAGUGCAAAUACUGUCAUUCUUUUUGAGGCAGCAGGAGCUGAGCAAUCAAAGGUGAGCCUGGCCCAAGGAAAAACGGCUGCUGAUGACCACGGAGUAUUUAGUACUAUGCAAACAAAGGAGCUUCAGAGCAAUGCCAAUCUGGAGAAGCCAUUUCAGUCACCUGAGACGUCCAGGAAUCCUGAAGGGUCUCUUCCUAGGCAGACAUCGGUUUCUUCUGGUAUUAGACUGGUCUCUUGGAACUCCCUCAAAACUGGUGAAAAGAAAGAUGCUUAUGAAGAUCAUCCAGGGGAGAAAAACAAUAAAGUUGAUUUCUCUACUGAUUUGCAGCAAAGGCCAAAACAUAGACCAGUAUCUGCUGUUUUUCUGGAAUCGUUAAAAGAUCAAAAGCAUCGUCCUGUGGAAGCUCCUGAGGAAAAGUCUCCUACAGAGAAAUCAUGGGUCAGAAAACCCAGGCCUUUGUCCAUGGACCUGACAGCUAAAUUUGAGUUUAAAGAUCUUUCUUCUUGCAAGAAGACUUGUUCAUCCCAUGAGAGCAAGGAGAAUGUGUUGAUAACUUCUUUUACUGACGAGGGCUGUCAUGAUCUGUCUGAAAUGGGGCCAAAACCUGAAGAAAUGGAAUUUAAUAAAGGCAGUUCUUCAAAGAUAAAUUUGAAGUGCAGUAGUCAGGACACUGGCAUCCUAAAUAAUGGAAAAUACAUAUGGGAAACAAAACAUAAAUCUAAAAGUGAGCAAAUUGAGACAAAACCAGGAAUAGUCACUAACUUGCAUGGUUCCGAAAAAGUCUUUGAAACAACUAGUGAAAGCAGAGCUAACAGGGAUGGGAAAAAAUUCGAUCAAAAGGAGACAAGUGUCUUUCUAGGCAGUGAAAGCCCUGCAGCUUCCUCAGAAAAAGAGCACAGUAUCAUAAGAGGCAGUGUUAAAAAACACAUCAGUUUGUUUACUUCAGAAAAUCCCAAUAGCUCAAUAGAUACAGAGCCUCUCCCAUCAGCUGCUGAGAGGGAAAACAGAUGUAUGAACAUCCAGCAGAGAAUCAAAGAACUGACAACAGAAAAUACCGAUGCUAAGCCAGGGAGUCUACGCAGAUCACUUCAAUCCCGACCACUUUCUGCAGACUUGACAAAGAUGUUUUCAAGUCCGACAUCAAGCAGUGAAGCGAAGACUGAGAAGCCUGCUGAUAUUAGAAAUGGCUCUGUGAAUGAAACUCAAGAACAUCAAAAAUUCCAGAGUAAGGAGAUCACGCUUGCUCAUAGCACAGAUUUCACUGAGGCACAUGCUACUGGGAACCCAUGGAAACCCCGGCAGAUUUUAAAAAUAACAAACAAAACUGAUCAGGCAGAGACAAAGGGAAGCUUCCUUGGAGAUAGCCAGCAUUUUUCUCAGCAAAACGAAAAUUCUAUCUCGUUCACAAGCAACUUUGAAAAAAAAUUAAAACCAACCACAGUUAUGGAAAAGACCUACAUUAAAACUGUCCGAGCCACCAUGUUUGACCAUAAUGUUCAGAGGCACAAUGUUGCUGAUGAUCGUCCUGGAACUGGUCCUCCACUGAAAAUGAAUAAUGAACUUGAAGCAAAGCAUGAUGUGGUGUGGCAUAACAGGAGGUCGUGGAUGGGAGAAGUGGAGGAGACCACUAGUGUAAAGAAGGAUCAUUACAGUCAAUCUGAUUCAUCGAAGCAUAUAGCUGACCUAGAAAAAAGUGGGAAACCAGCUUGUUCAAGUGAUGGCAAGAAAAUGACUCCUGGAAUUUUAUUAGAAAAACCUUCAGUUGAGAAAAGUGAAAAAUCCACUCCAAAAAAUGCAGAGGAGUCUUUUAUUUUCCAAAGGAUUGAGCCGAGAUAUGAAGUCUUUCAGAUGUGUGGUGAGAGAGCUCUUAGUGAAACCAUUACGAUGGCUCCUGAAAAAAAGGCCAUGACACUUAGAACUAGAAAAUCAUCUGUGAAAGAGCAGAGAAACGAUGGGGAUGUUUUACACGCUGAUCAGUCAGCUAGGGUAAACAGAACAAGUGACUACUUGAAAGAAGGUGACGUUAUUUCAGAUUCUAAAGAUGUAAAAGCUUUUCCGAGCAGGUCUGCUUUUAGAGAACAUAACGAUUAUUUCUCCAGUGAAUGCACUUUAUCUGAACAGAGAAAAGACUCUGAUAAAACUGAAACUGAUCCAAUAUUAAUAGCUGAGAAAAUACCUUGUUCUAUAAACAAAAGUAAGUGCUUGGGAACAAAUGAAAAAAUAAGCAAGCUACAUUCUGAAAUUAAAAAUGAAAAGAGUGAAGUCUCCUCCAUGGAUGAAACAGGGAGGUCUGAUAUGAUCAAACGCUCCUCUGAGCAAAGGAGUUUUAGACGAGGAGGAACAGACUAUGAAUUUGGAACCAGCUUUGGUCAUGAAGUUAUUUCAACCAAUGUAAAGAAGUAUGGGGUCCAAUCUUCUUCAGUGCUUUUAAGUGGACAAUUAUGUAGGUCUUCCAGUAGCCACAAUCCCGAUGUGAAAGAGGAAUCUAGAGCCUUUGCUUUAAGGAGAAGUCUGGACUCAAACCGCAAAGAACAAGACUUUAGCUUAGAUAUUACAGCUCCUGAAAACAGAGAAAAGAACAAAGUAAUAAAAGUAGUGGAUCCAGAAGAAAAAGUCAGGAGAACCAGAAGUAGUGUUUCUGACUUGAAGAUCUCUGAAAGAUGGAGAAGGAAGACCUUGCCUUAUGAUUCUACCAAGGCAGAAGAAGUUGGCUGGCUCACACCUGAAAAUAUAAACAGGCUGAGUCGGACAGAUCCAUUGCACUUGGAAGAAGGUUCAGUUAAAAAGAAAAGUAGCAAAGAACAGAUGGAAGGAAAUGAGGCAAACCAAACUGUUGUUGGCAGUUCUGAUGAGUACUUGAAAAAACAGAGUUCUAGCUCUGAACCAAAGGCAACUUAUUUUGCAGUAACUUACCAGAUUCCUGGUAUCAGAAAAGAGAAAAGCUUUGUGGGUACUCCUAGUGCAAGUGUAACUAGUAAAAUUUCUAGCUCGAGUGAUGGAGGAGCAAUUAAUCUGGAUCCUGCUUUUUCUGGAAGAUCCAAACCUUUAUUACAGCAAACAGAUAAAAAUACAACAGGUACAAAUUGUAGGGAAGAGUCACGAGAAGUAUAUGUCAAAAAGGAUUGGAUCAAAGAGGAAGACAAAGAUGAUGCUUCUUCCAAAAACAGUGCGUUUGGUAACUUAGAUGUAUCUGGGAAGGAUAACCAAAAGUAUUAUGAAAGAGGCCUGGAUCACUCUAAGGAGAAAAUCAUAGAUGUUGAUGCUUUGCUUUUAAAACGGGAACUGGGAAAUACAGCUCAAACUGAUCUCAAAAGUAGCAGAAGAAAAGUCUCCUCUUACCAUGAACUCAGAUCCCCUCUGCAUUUUGCACAGUUACACAAAGACGGUGAACUAGACACGCAGAAGAGCAGUGAAAAUAAUUAUGGUUUAUCUGGAAGGAAGGCUGAGGAUGGCUACAGAUCCCAAAUUCUUGAUAUUGAUGCUCUUAUGGCAGAAUAUAAAGAAGAAUCAGUAAGUAAGAGGGCCGGUAAUCUUCAAGACAAGUUCUCUGAAGAGCACAGUUCAUUCAGUAGGAACAAAGCAAAGAACAAAAGAAAUGUCUCAGAUAAGACAACUUCCUAUCACUGGAAAGAGUGGAAGGAUCAGUAUGCUGUUAGUAACAAGCAAGGUGACUGUGCAGAAGAGUUCCACAGGCCAGAGAAAUUAAUUGCAAAUGGAAAGAACAAAGAAAAAUUGGAUUCCAGUGGCCCUGAGUUUGAUAAACAGAAGUCCAAAGACAGAAAGUUCAGCCCCCCUUACUGGGGAAAUACAAGCAGCGUGUUUUCAGAUAAGUUUCUGAAUUCUCCUGCGGAGUUCACAGCAAAGAAAACAUUCAUCAUUGAUGAAGAUCAAGAUGUGAACUUAGCUUCCAGGAACCAAAGUUCAAAAUUUGUGAUUGACAAGGUGCAGCCUGUAAGUGCAGUUGUAGACCAAAAGUUGGAAGUUAAUUUUCCUUCCAAACUGUCCAUAAAGGCUGACGAUGGGCUUUUACAGAAGAGGUUGGUCACAAAAGAACAGCUCUCAGAGGUGUCUCCAGAAGGUGAUUGGAGCAAAAACGUAGCAAGAAUCUCUAUAAUAAAGGACAAAGAUGAUGCAAAUAAGGUGAUGUGUGACAAUGACUCUUCCAAGGUGAAAAGCAAAACAAAAGAUUGGAAGAACUAUACGUCUGGUUUAGGAAGUGCACCCCCAGAUUUGAGACGAUCCUAUUCAGAAAAGAGCCACCAAGGAAAAGACAAUCUACCGCUCGCGCAAGAAGUAAGGGGAAGAAAGGAUCAAUACCGCUCCAGGCAAAGCUUCCCCUUGGAAAGUGUGGAUAAUGGGUGGAAAAACAAGCUGUCACCGCAGUCAGAAUCUUUCUUCCAUGAGGAUAAAAAGGCUUCUAGGAAAGAGUGGACCAAGCAGAGUUCAGAAAAAGCAGACAGAACAGAGGUUUCACUGGUUUCUACUCAGAGAAGAAGUCAUAGCUUUUUUCAUAAAGACAGAAGGACGGAGAACGUAAUGCUCAGAGAUCACUAAGAUGAAAUCCUGUUGGCACCAGAGAAUCUCUGUUGCGUUGCUCUGCCACGCGUGUGCUGCUGCGGUGCUCAGCUGAAGUGGAGGUGGCCGAGGCUGGGCCUUUUGGUAUGGCCGCUGGGAGUGAGUGAGGUUACGGGACGUGCUCGUGCUGUUCUUGAGGAGUUUGCUUCUCAGUCUGGCACCUGUGUCUGAGUGGUGAACACUUCCCAAAAGCAUUCAAAGGAAAAUGGCAUGUUUUAAAUGAAAUGUUACGCUGCAGCGCUGUGAUGGUUGAAAAAGACCUCGUUCUUUAUUGCCAGCCAUUAAACAGUAAUUAUAAAAUUGAAAGGAGAUAGGGUUAUUGCAGGAGGGAACCAGAUUUCGAGUUUGUUUUGACAAGGUAUCACUUGCUGCCUUUUAAAAACUGUUUUGAUACCUCUUCAUCAGAUGAUCGCAAAGGAGGCGACAGGUCGUUGAUAAGCGUGCUGCCACUGCGUGUCACUGCAGCGGCGCGGCGAUGGCAGAAGGCUGCGAGCACCGCUCUGAGCUCCACUUGCAGGCUGCCCCAGCCUUCCCUUGGUGGCCUCUGCCUGGGGAUUCCCUGGGGAUGAAGCUUGCUGCCGUUCUGUUACGGGGCUUACUUCUGAUGACCGGGCGGUUGCAUUUCGGGUACCUUUUUGCAGAGGUACAAACCCCUCCCAGCCGGGUGGUGGCUGAGGUGUGCCUGCUGUGCUGAUGUCGGCUGCAAAUCGGGCAUCUAAGAGUGAGCGAAGCACUGCUACAGGGGAAAACCAGUUUAGAUAGCCAUUCUCCUAAUUUUUGAAUGUUGUCGUAGGAGAGGAAUCCUAACUUCUGAGUCACUGCUGCGAGCACGCAGAGCAAGCAGAGCUGGCCAGGGCAGCCCGUUCCCCCCAGGAACACGAGGGAGAGCUGUUGUGCACGCCGCUGCACGCACAGCAUCCCCGGCAGCCUGUUGCAAUUAAGAAUGGGAUUAAGUUUAAUUUACCAUGAAAUGCUUUUACGAAAUAAUGCAUUCUAGGUUAACGUGGUGCAAUAAGGAGCGUGUUCAGAAAGACGCAGCCACUUGUAGACCUGGUGAUUUUUUUGGAAAGGACCCUGCUGCUGUGGGCUUGGAGCAGCCGGGGCUGAGGACCUGCCUGCACCUGCCCAUCAGCAUUUCAGGCUCUGGGCACCCGAAAUAGUGAGCAUGCUUCUGAUGCAGGGCUGAAGGGGGCUGUUAAACCGCAUUGACACACACAGACCAGAGGUAACCUCACUGCCUCUCUACUAAUAUUUUGAUAUAAAGUUGUUUUGACUCAGUUCCUGCUUUCCCAUGCUGUUGUCCGUGCCAUUACCGCUGGGCGACAGCCAAGUUCCCACUAUUGUUUCUGUUCUUUCAGCAGUUGGGACUUGUUAAUACAGCCAGUGCGUGUUUACUGUACUGAAAGGAAACAGCAUUUCAGAGAGCAGCUUGAGCACAGAGAAAGUAGUUCUUUGUAGCAGGCUUUCCUCCAGACAUGAGGGGACUUUGUACUGUAGUGCAAGGCUUCUCUUAAAAAUUAACUUAAGGUAAAUCUUAAACAUGAAUAAAGCUCGGAAAAAUGUAGUAUUUGGUUUAGUGAUUCAUGGCUGGGGCUGGUAAAUACACGCAGUGCUAUGGAGGCAGCAUAGGUUAUUUGCUAUCCACAUAUUUGGCAAGUUUUGAUUGCUAGAGUUGGAGAUUGCAGAUGUCAGAUGAGGCUGGUUCUAAUUCCGGAUUUGUUUCACAAUUCAAUGGCACUCCACAGGUCAGGGCAGGAAAUGCAGCAGAUCUGGUUGCAAACGCAGGAGGGAUUGCAGCAAAUCAGCCACUUAAACUCCACGGAGCCCCAGGCCUAGCGGGGACAAUGCCCUUAGUCUAAAAAAUGUGAAGGCCCUGCCUGUAGCAAUGGACUGAUGAGCAGUUUGACACAGCCUUUUACAGCUGGGGGUGUUUUAAUGCCCUGCCAGCGCUGGGGCUGCGAAGGAGCCUGGUGGUGGCUGGGUGAAGCCCGGGGCAAGAGCAGUCGGUCCUGCCUUGGCCAUGUCCUGGGGACAUGGAGCUGGCGCUAAGCAUGGCUGGGCGAUGGGGAAGAGGAGGCAGGGAGAGCACGGAGCAGGAAAUAAUGGAAGUGUGCACGCUCAGGGUGCUUGUUACACAGCAGUGGCUUGUAACUGCUAUUGCUGUUUUCAUUAAAACUGGCACGUCACAAGGUAAAAUGGAUGAAGGACACAUUGUACGAACUUAUUCUUAAUGUUUGUUCUACUCGCUGUGAUCUAGAAGUGGUUGAUAUAAAUGAAAGAUGCGUGGAGUCAUGUUUUGCAGGGUGAAAGCAGAAAGAACAGCGAGGUGUGCGGCGCUUCCAGCUGUGCGGAGGGAAGCUGGUUCAGGCACUUGUUAGGCAGGCGUAGGAUUAUGCCGAGAACAGCUGCAGUGAUUUCAGAUGCAGUUUUACUUUCCAGUUUCUUGUUCCUGCUCUUUGACGAAAGUAACGCCUUGCACGAAAGAGUGCUUUUCCCUUAGAGUGGGUUCUGAAUUCACAAAGUCACAUUUAUACCUUCAAUAGCUGGAGAUUACCUGAGCACAUUCUGUAAGGGAGAAAAUAAUACCAAAUUUCUCUAGCCAGGAAGUAAUAAAAAGUUCCAUAUUUUAUCCUUUUGAAAGGAUGAUGGAAAUGCAUCACUUAAGAAACGAUAAGCCUGGCAUUAACUGACUUUAAAGAGCAGUAUGCUUUGAGACACAUCUAACUUUUCCGAGAACAUACUGCUCUCUUUUUAGCGUCCGGUCUGUCUUCUGAAAUUGGCCCUUGUGUUUUGAAUUGCCUGAUGCUUCCUGACCCCCUGAAGCAAACCUUACUUCAGGUGUGGCAUUGCCAAGGAGCACUAGAAUGUCUUGGUAGGUUUGAGAUGUCUUCCAAGCGCUCAGUCUGCUUCAUAACUGCAACGUGUGUGGGCCAAACCCUGCUUCCCCAAAAGCUCAGCCAUGCACGAGGGAAGAGCUUCUCUCGCAGAAGGGCUCCUGGAGCAGCUGCAGGUGGGAAUGCCGCCUCCCGAGCAGCCAAUGCAGAAAGACAUGAGGCUGGCUGAGCUGUGCAGGCUGCAUUUAGCUGGGUGGCAAAAUCGUAAGGAGGUGGAACAAGAGCUGGGAGUCUGGCAUCGUCCCUGACGUGGCGUUCUGAUGCCCUUGCAGAGCGGUGUUGGUGAGGAGGGAGUUGAACAACUGCUGGGACACGGGGCUGAACUGACAGUGAGACUUCAGACAGGUGAAGAAAAGGAGAUGCUUUGAGUGGCUCUUCGUUUUGGCCCUUUCUUGUUUGCACAUACAUUUGAUCAACUCUGAUGGGAGCGAGAGGCUUCCCACAAGCCCCGUGUGUUCCCAGCUGUCAUUUCAAGGAGUAACAACCUGACCCUAUGCUUGUUUUUUUCCUCCUCUUCAUUUACCUUCUAUGCCCUGUGAGGCAUAGAAGGUGAUAGGAUGAUAUUCUUAGGUGAUAGGAAUUAGCUAAGCAUUAGCUUUUGUAAGUGUGUAGCUAAUUUGUAGUUUUCAGCCCAGGUUGGAUGAAAAGUCUAUUAUUUGUAUGGUAAUACUUAUCAACAAUUUUUUUCUUAAUGGUAGAUUUUUUUUUUUAUUGGUGAAAAUGGGGAAAAAAUCCUAUUUAUCCCUCUUUUGCUUGACUUGUUCCUUUUGACGUAAAUAAAUGUAAAGAAAAUGUUUUAAGUACUUUCCAGAAUAGUUGUGCUGUAGGAGUUUCCUGUUUCUCCUUUGUUUUUUCAGAUUUUCCUCCUCAGCUGAGAUAGAAGGGAAGUGCUGAAUGAUUAUGUACAUGAGCUUUCAAACAUCAUAGCAUAUUUUUAGCUCAUUCCCUAAGCUUUAACAUUGAUAUCUUUGUUUUACACUGAAACAAUUCAAGGUACAAAAGCUCUGUGUGUUCAGGAUGUUUAGCUGGGCCUUUCUUAAGUUCAAGAGAAACAAAGCUUGGGGGACAAAAAGAAUUAACAUUUUCAGAAGAACUGUUUUAGCAUUCUCAUUGUUGCAUUUUAAAUUUAAAUUGUUUAAAAGCUUACAUUAAAAGUUAUUCUCACAAUUAACUUGUUUACAUAUUUUUAAUAAUUGGAAUAAUUAUGUACUAUUGAUAAAAGUGCACAGAUUUUUUUUAGAGAGAAGUGGGAACCCGACUUUCUGCUUUGAUUACAAAUAAAAUGUGAACCUGCAGUUUUUCCCUUAUCCUGUCAAAGAUGACCGUGGUAGUGAGACUGCCUUUUCAGAGUAAUUAACCAUCCUGUUGCAGUCUAAGCUUAGCACGGAUAGACAUAAGGUGUAUUAAGCAUGUCGUUAUUAGCCUAAUGCUCCCGUUCCUCUUUUAUUUCAUCUAACUGCAAUUUAUUAUAGACAUAGUGUAUUUAAGAGAGAGAAUAGAUUAAUCGGUUCACACCUUUGUUAAAUGAAUGCAAAAUGUACAAGAAUAAGUGCACUUUACAGCAAUAAUCUUGUACAUUAUUUUGUGAGGUAAAAACAAGUGUUUGUAUUGUCAUGAAAAUUAUUAAUGUUACUAAUGUUUUUCUUUUAUCACAAGAGUAGUUCUGUAAGGAAAAUAACAAAUGCAAAUUCAAUUUUUUUCUUAUCUGGAUUUUCUAAUACUGAUUAAGUCGGAGGAAAGUGCAGCUUUCAAAUGCAUUUGGAACCUAGUAAGAUUUGCUUUGUGCCUUUGCCUUCCCUUCUGUUACCAUUUUUGGAUUGGGAUUCAUAAGAAGUGUAAGUAUAUCGUACUUAAAUGUGACUCCUCUUAAAUGAGGACAUAAGGUACAGAGUUUUAUCUUACUGAGCUGAUAGUGCUCUGAUUUAGUUGUUGUUAUGACGUUCACGAGUGUUGCAUGUGCUUUACAGAAACAGUAAGAUGAACCUUCCCUCAUCGACUUGUAAUUGAAACAAUGGAUUGAAGCCGCAUGGGAUCACGAAAUGCAGUAGGAAGGGCGGUGGUCGCAGAGAGGGGAAUGUGGAUGAGAGCUUACAAAGGCAGGCAGCGCGUGAUGACAGCUCAGGACCGCAUGUUCCUAUGGGGCAGACUUCCAGGCAGAUUAAAUGUAUCCAGUAUCUGGCCUUCUUUAGCAAACAUUGCAAAACAUUCCCCAGUGGUAUAAAGCUUCAUUUCAUAUGCACUAACGUGCUUUUUGCGUGAGAGGACAAAGAUGUUUCACCAACAUUUCUAAUCUUUGUCUUUUUGGAAGAGCGUGGUUGUCUAAUCUGUGUUCCAAAUUCAUUGAUCAGAUUGAAUCAUUCUAUUUUUAAAAGAUUAAAGAAUUAAAGAUAUUAGAAGUAGUAGAUUUUUAUAUACAUAUUUAAAAAAAGGUUCAAAUCAUAGCAUACUAAAGUUUAAUCAUCUAUAUCACUUCAGCUUUUUGUUGUUUUUUCAUGCUGUUUGACAAUUCUCACUAUGCUGCAGAGAAUAUUUUGUUUCUCAGAAUACAUGGGUGAGAUGGGAAUUACAUGUUCAGGCAUGAGCUUCAGCUUUAAUAAAUUAUUGCUAGGAAGGUAUGAGAUGUUUACCCUUUUAGUAUUAUUGCCAUCUGGUUGGGGUUGUAGACUGUCAAGGACUUGCCCUCAUAUUCACUUCUGAAUCCUCUCAUUUUAGUUCUCUUUGGAGUUGGCUGUUUCAGCCUCUGCUUCCGGAGCAUCAGAUGUUUUUCUGCUUCUUUCAUGCUGCGAACUCCAAGUCAUCCUUACCUGUGAUGAACGUGGGCAGAGAGGGGAGGCUGAAAUGCCCUCAGUCAAUACAAAUGAUGUAAAGUGGGUGAGCUUCCAGCACAGGUACCUGUGGCAGAAAGGUGUGCAGUGCGGGUCUGUCACGUCAGGUUUCAGCAGUCGGCUGUCAGCAGCUCCUGGCACUGCCGCCGUGCCAUUCUGCUGUGGGGCAGCAGAUGAGAUCAUGGCCAGUAUUCGUCCUCAAGUGGCAUGUUCUGUGCGGGCACCUGUGCGAAGGAAUGUGAUGUCUUCAGCAGAACGCAAGCUAGCUUCAGGACAAACUUUGCUAAGGAGCUAAUUUGGCUGAGUGAUGACUAUAGAGGCCUGGUGCCCUGUUACAGAUCAGGUGGGACUCACAUUUCCGAGGCCAGUUGCAAAGCUGGUGUUCUGUUGCACAGGCCUCUUUGCAGUUGUGAUGCAUGAGUAUCAAGAAAUUUCAUUUCUUCCCUUCAGUCUGGACGAACAUUGAAGUAUUUGUCUGUAAAACCACUAGCACUGAAUUCCGAACUGUGGUUGUUUACCCACAGCUGAAAUGCAUUACUUCUUUGAGAAAUUAGUGCCACUCUGAGGUUAUUAUUGCCUCUGUUUAAAAUAAAGAUUACGAAAAUACCCAUGGACUGCAUUGAUGAGAUGUUUUAUGAAGUACUUCAGCACCUUUCUUUAAAAGUCUCGUAUUAAUGGGUGCUUGUGUAAGCUUUCCAAACAUUGACCCAGAACCUGUUGCUGCUGCUGUCUCCACCUGUCCACCAGUUUAUAGGGCCUCUGUGGGCUCCUCAGCUAAACAAAUGUAAGAAAGAACAGGCUGGAAAUGAAUUUUCUGUCUCUUUUUGUUGUCUAUGUGUAUGAGGUGAUGGCUUUAACGUCGAGUUCUAAUGCAAGCUAUCUUAAAUCCUGGAUAAGCAUUAAUUAACACUGUACAUGUGAACUUAAAUUGCUCAGUUUCAGAAGGAAAUGAAAGUAAGAGUAGAAAACAAAUAUUUAGGGUAAAUAUUAAUGAAAUACCUGAUGUUUCAGCUUACGCAAGAGAUUUCACUGUUUGUAGACACUGUACAAAGUCCUUGUGCUAAAACACAUGCUUCAUUCAACAUUUUGUUUUUUCGUACUUGACCAGAGACUGCUUGCGGUUAUCGUGGCAUGGUCCUUCUUUGAGCAUAACAGUUCAGUUGGCAAAACAGAGAGUACUGAGGCAAAAAUAAGGGGCAUAUCAGAAAAAGUUGUUUUGUAGUGCCUGAGGAACCCAAGGAGUAAUUGAGCCUGGAGCCAUGCAGCUAGGCUCAGCACAGUGCUGUGUCCUUAUCUAGGCCAUAAUGUAAAACACAACAGGUGAAAUUAAGUUCUCUCUCUAAUGAAGCCAAAUGAGUUGGUGUGCAGUGCAAGGCCAGAACAGCCGUACCAGCACAGGCGUUGGUCCUCAGCGGUUUCUGAAGAGUGACCCUAACAGAGAUGGACAGCCGAACAGACCCUGGGUGGAGCUGGAGCUGUCGUGAGCUCUGCAAGUACUUGAUCACGAUAUUUGUUAAUGUAAAAUACUUGAGAACAGCAUGAAUGAUCAAUAACUGCUGCCAAGUGUUCUGACCAGUUGUGAGGGAGGUGACCAUCAGGAGAGCAGCUUCCUGACUGAGGAAUGAAAGGAAAGUGGAGACUUCCCCAGUCACGGUCAGCCCCUUCAGUGGGGUCAGGCUUGGGCUCCCCACCCCGUGCAGGCUGGUGCUGACAGGAGGGCGGUGGUGGGCGGCACAUGGAGGGCCGCGCUGCCAUGGCCUCUCCCAGUGUGCUAUGUGUGGGCCUGCUUUUAACUUGUCCUUCCAGUCCCGUAGAGUCGCUAGCAUAAUUGUAUGUAUGUGAGAACAAGUAAAGCUCCAGCAGAGCUGAAAGCAGCUUUUGGAAAAUAUAAUUUAGCGGUAGAAUUUUGUUUUCUGCUGAACGAGGGGAAAAACAGGGGUUGUUAUGUCUUUGUAAAGGAACGUAUUUUUGAGUUGUAGGUGGAAUAGAUGUUAAUAAUGAAAGCAUCCAGCGAUGUUUGAAUAACGAGGUCCCAUUCACUACUGCGGUAAUUAGUCACGCAGCGCUGGGAGCAGCGGGCGCGCGCGGGGCCUUCUCCUGGAGCUGCAGGCCCGUGGCAGACCCGGGGCGGCCGCAGCGCGAGGCGGCGGGUGGCGUCAGGGGAGGAGAUCUGCUGCUGCCGUGCUCGCUGCGGAACAAACCUUACUCAGCCAGAAACACUGCUGCUGGCCUGAAGCGGCUGGGCGACAGGAACAUCUGCAUGGCUCUGAGCGAUGUUCUGUAGGCUGAUGUUUAUAGAGAGAUGUGUGGAUUCGCCAGAGAAGAAGUAAAUAGAGCCUGUGUGUAACCCACAUGAUGUUAUUUAAUUAAAGUCUACUCGCGAGCUUUUGCCAGCUGGGAAGUUGGUGCGGAGUGCUGCAGGGCGUCGUAUUCUGGGGAGCCUUGGAGAAGAAAAGAGAACAAAUUAGCAUGCCCUGGGCAGGGUGGGCUUGCUUGGUCUGUGGCGAGAGCACCCACGUGCAGGAGGUCUUUGUGUCAGCCUGCUCAUUGACAUCUGCGCUGUUCUAUGCUAAUAGUCGUUAACCUGCUGUGAAACAGAUUUAUGUCUUAAAAUUAUUUUUAGCAGUGGCAUGUACCUCUCACUUCAAUUAGGAAAGCCCCGGGACACGAUUUGCUGCUCAGUUUCCUACAGCUUUUGUAAACUCCAUCCUUUGGACUUCUCUAGGGCUCUUUAGUUUUGGGUGGGUGAUGUGACAGAGUCCUCUGAGGUUUUGGUGGGUUAUUUUGUGAGAUAAUCUUUCCAGUUUUAGCAGGGUCCACUGAGAGGUAUUUUUCAGGAUGUUUCUUCCAUGUAAUUGCUAUGUAGAUGCAUUUUAGUAAAGUAACAUUCCUGAAACAUAAACCAAAUAACUUGCACGUGGCAGUCCAUCUUUUCAUAGCUCACUUAUUUUCAGAUGGAUUGUCUAAGGAAACUAAGUUUGACUUUGCCUGUCAGCCUUCCUGCAGCUUCUGACCUCAGCUGGUUUUGGUGCAGGGCUCAGCAGGAGAUCGUGCCGUCAGUCACUGCGGUUCAGCUGGAGGGUGGGGAGGUCUGGAACCAUUGGAAUCCGAUGGUGAAAGCACAUCUUGCUAUCUCCUGAAGCACUUUGCCAAGAUGGUAAUCGAAAUGUAAAGCUAAGCAAUAAUGUAGCUGCUGAGUAUACUUGGAUAUCUGGCAAUAUGUUCACGUGGUAGCCAGAAGAUACUAAAUUUAGUAUUGUACAUAGACUCAAAUCAGCAGUUUUGCAGGCUUCUAAGGAUGUAAAUGGUGAAGUGGACAUAACACCUCUUUUCAAGGGAGGUCUGAAAAACAAAAGCGAAAUACAUUCUCUAGCAAAAUUCUCAGGUCCUUCAAGUCGCAUACCCAUGCAGGGUGUUCUUGUAGCAGGCUGUAAGAAAGCCGCCUGUGGAUGUUGGGCUGAACCUGGCCGUGCAUCUCUGCAUCUGGGGAUGGUGUUGCCCCGGAGGGAUGCUUAAACCCCGUGUCUCCUCUUGGGGUGAAGGGGCUGCUGACCAACUUGUGCAGCAGCUACUUCCAGCUCUCCCAUAAAUAUUUUAGAUGGUUUCAGGCUCUGAUUCCAUCGCCCCCUGAAAUAGCAAACUGCCUCGUGAAGAAUCCCUGCACUGCAGCACGCACAGAGCUGUGCUUGCACAUGCAUGGAUGUUUGAAAUAUAAAGCUUAGAUUAAGCAGCAUAAAAACGGGUAGUAAGUAUUAAAUUUCAACCUUGGAUGCAGGGUCUUCAUCAUUGGUGAAGGAUUAUUCUUAACUGAGUCAGAAUAUUUUUUUAAAUGUUUGUUACUUUAAAAAAAAAAAAAGAAGGAAAGCCCUGUUCUUGGGAUAUCUGAUCAAAGAUACCUCUUUCCAUAAAACAGCUCGGUAGCUCUUUAAAAGGAAGAGCUAUGUAAGAAAAAACAGGUUUUUCUCUAUUGGUUGGAUUCCCUUUCAACACUGAGGGUUUUUAUUAGACUGCUAAUUUGAGAAUGUUCAAAACAAAUGUGUUCAGAAAUGAAGAACAGGGUAUGGAACGCUAUGUGUUGUCACUGAAGUUUUCCUCAGAGGUAGGUUCCGGGUUGGUCAAGUUGAAGGAAAAAAAAACUUAAAAGGGAAGAAACCCCCAUGCACUUCUGUGCGUGUUUCCAGAUAGCGCCUCAGAUAAAGUGAAACCUUACACGAGCACCAUUUCAUGAAGUAUUGUCUAGAAACUCUUCAUUCCAUUAAAUCUCUUCCUGAAAAUCUCGGGGAGGCGGGGGGAGAAUGAUGCAAUGCCCAGCAACUUGGGAUUGCAAGUUAGGCUACAAAGAAAAGCCCCGAAUACACAGGAAACCAGGCAGCUCUCAACAUGCCUUUCGCACCCCAACACCUAUUUCUGCCCCCCCCCUUUUGCACUGGACAGCGGUGCUUCUUGCUUCAAGCCUCAGAUUUUUAUUUCUGCUUUCCUCCCCCCGGGCUGCUCCCAGAAAUCCGUGGCUGGGGAGCUGCGGGGUCUGGUGCCACCCGCCCGUGCCCCUGAGGCGUGGGGCGCUCGGGGGGCGCAGGGAGCGGGGCAGGGGCCCCCCUCUGCGUUGGGCGUGGGAGCGCGUGGGGCUCGGACCUCGCCGCCCGUGGGGUAAUCAUUGACUCGCGCCGCUCUCGCUCGCUAACUUCAGCCUCUGGCUCCAGUUUGCGUCACCGGGAGGCUGUACGUGGCCGCUCCCCGCGGCCGCCACCCGCACACGACCCGCUCCGCCGAGCCGCAGGUGAGAAUCGGGCCCGGCCUCCUGCGAGGCCCCAACGCCCCGGGGAUGGAUCCCGGGGAUCCGGGCAGCUCCUGCCCGUGUGGCAGCGGGCAGAUGCUGGUCCCUCGGUCGCCAUGGCAACGCUGCCUGCGCUAGGGUAGAGCCCAGCCCAGAUCCUUCCUCCGGCGCUGCGCCUGUGUCACCUCGCUCAUUGUUCCCUCCACGGAGCGGAGGCGAGGAGGGAGCCGAGCGCGGAGGCCACCCGUGGCACCGCUCUCCGCCCGCCGCCCCUCGCCCAGCGGGCGCUCGGUGAGGCCGGGCCGGCAGCCCUGGCAUCCAGCAGCACCUCGGCGGCGUGCCUCCGGAUCGCGCGGCACGGCUUCCAUCGGCGUGGGGAAAGCCUCCGUGCCGGCCGCUCGGCGAGCAUCGCCACGCCGCUGCCCCGCGACGGAGCCCCGCCAGCAGAGCCGCUGUCCUCCCAAAGGGCCCUCGGCAGCCUGUGGGUGCGGGCUGCCUCCCCAGACCCUGGUCUGCACCGCGAGGGAGAGCCGGGUGAGAUGGCUCCGCUGGCCGGCCGCUGCUGAUGCCUUCCCCGGAGCCUUUCGGGGAGAAAAAUAACUUGGGUCCGUCGCUGGGGAGAGCUGGCCGAUGGAUUGUGUAGACGCGGCAGAACUUUGUUCGAUGGACUGCUACCUGCAAAGCUGCCGAGCCAGAAGAAUACGAUUUUUUUUAUCCUGCUGAUAUUUACAGAAAAUCAAAAACUUGGCUUGGAAAGGGAGUUGCUUUUCCGGCUCUGAAAUGAGAAAGUAAGAGACUAAUUCUGUGCUUGUAAGUGGACGAAUUUCAAGUGACUGCUAGGAUUUAAACCUUGAUUUCUCUUUAACGUGGCCGAAUUAAAGAUAUUUUGAUAGAACUCUGGAAAUCUGAUUUUAAGUAGGAAAAGUGUUCCUUUUUCUACUUGACAAAACCCGAUCUGCGGUUCACGUAUCUUAAAUAUAGAAAUGUGCCGGUAGUGUAGUGCUACUUGCAUUAGCUGGAAAUAUUUUAAGUGGAAUCCUUUUUGCAAAAUAAAAUCAGGGUCGUUAAGGAGAACAUAUUUUACAGUAACUGCUACUGAAUAUUGAUUCCUCAUUGCUGCUGGA